CACUUUAUUCAGACACAGAGGGUUGAGAUGCGUUUUCUUUGCCGGUGUGAAUUGGACAGUGCAGGCUCAUCCCAGCAGGAGCAGCAGGAGGCGCGGUUCCGGGGGCCGCCGCUAGGAGGCGCUGCGGUAAAGGCGGCACUUGGCAUCCCCUCCUCGGGUCGUUGUGUACUACCCUGUCCGGAGAUCACGUGACGGUCGCAAAACGUCGUCCAGUGCGACAGCGUGACACGCAAACGGUGCGACAGGCGCGGUGUACGGGCGGCGGCGGCGGUGGCGGUGAGAGGGCGGCGGGCGGAGGAGGCGGCGCGGCGGCCAUUCCCUGCUGGUUUCCUGUAUCCCCGCUUCCUCUCGGUCUCUCCCUUCAUGUGAGGAGGGGGCACGGGGCAACCUCUCUCCCUCCCCCCGAGCUCGGAGCCGCCUCCACUCCCCCAGGUGCUCGGACAAGAGGAGCCGGAGCCGCCAUGGCGUCCAACACGGACCGGGAGAUCAUCCUGACCGACUACCAGGACGCCAGAACCCACAUCGCUCCCGAACCCAUGGGUAUUAACCAGAAACUAGAUUUUUCCGAUCCUCUUACGCAGCCGAAUUUGGAUGAAAUAAAAGACCAGAUCAAGCGCGAAAUUAGAAAAGAACUUAAAAUCAAAGAAGGAGCAGAAAACCUCCGCAAGGUUACGACGGAUAAAAAGAACUUGGCCUAUGUGGAUAAUAUUUUAAAAAAGUCAAACAAAAAACUAGAGGAGCUACACAACAGCCUGCAGGAAAUAAACGCGCACAUCGUGGUGCGGGAGGCCGAGGACCUGCCAGAUUGUCCGAAAACACCAGACACUCCAAAAAGUGACUCCGGCUCAUCUGCAAGCAAUGGGCGUCUGUCAGCUUUACAGAAGCAGCUAGACAUUGAGCUGAAAGUGAAGCAGGGAGCAGAAAACAUGAUACAGACGUACUCCAAUGGCCCUUCGAAAGACAGAAAGCUCCUCGGGACGGCCCAGCAGAUGCUGCAAGACAGCAAGACCAAAAUAGAAGUCAUCCGCAUGCAGAUCCUCCAGGCCAUGCAGCAGACCAAUGAAAUGUCCUUUGACAAUGCAAAGCCUGUGAUUAGUCCUCUUGAGCUCCGAAUGGAAGAAUUGCGGCAUCACUUUAGGAUAGAGUUUGCAGUGGCGGAAGGAGCGAAAAAUGUUAUGAAGCUGCUAGGAUCUGGGAAGGUUACAGACAGGAAAGCCCUCACUGAAGCUCAGUCCAGAUUCAAUGAGUCCAGUCAGAAACUCGACCUCCUGAAAUAUUCUCUAGAGCAAAGACUCAGCGAACUUCCCAAAAAUCACCCGAAAGGCAACAUUAUCAUAGAAGAGCUGUCCAUGGUGGCGUCUCCUACGCUGAGCCCGCGACAAAGCAUGAUCUCCACGCAGAACCAGUACAGUACGCUGUCCAAGCCGGCCGCCCUCACAGGUACCCUGGAGGUCCGGCUGAUGGGCUGUCAGGAUAUUCUGGAGAACGUCCCUGGCAGGUCCAAAGCAGCGACCGCGACCCUCCCAGGCUGGAGUCCCAGUGAGGCCAGAUCCUCCUUCAUGAGCAGGACCAGUAAAGCGAAGAGCGGCAGCAGUCGGAAUCUCCUGAAGACCGAUGACUUUUCCAAUGAGGUCUGUGCGGUGCUGAAGCUGGACAAUACCGUGGUCGGUCAGACCAACUGGAAGCCGAUUUCUAACCAGUCAUGGGACCAGAAGUUUACGCUAGAGCUGGACAGAUCCAGAGAACUUGAGAUUUCAGUGUUUUGGAGGGAUUGGCGAUCCCUGUGUGCGGUAAAGUUUCUGAGGUUAGAAGAUUUCCUGGACAAUCAGCGGCACGGCAUGUGUCUGUACCUGGAGCCGCAGGGGACGCUCUUUGCAGAGGUAACCUUCUUCAAUCCAGUUAUUGAAAGACGACCAAAACUUCAGAGGCAAAAGAAGAUCUUUUCCAAACAACAAGGUAAAACAUUCCUUCGAGCUCCACAGAUGAACAUCAACAUUGCCACCUGGGGGCGACUGGUGAGAAGAGCCAUCCCUACAGUCAAUCACUCGGGCACCUAUAGCCCUCAGGUGUCUGUCCCUGCUUCUGUACCAGUUGUGGACACCCGGAAUGUAGAAUUAUCUCCAGCGGUCGGGGAGUCUCCCACAGGCAAGCUAAACUUUGAAAUCGAGCCCGAGCCACCCAUCGCUCCACCUCGGGCGUCUUCACUAGACUUGGAUCUGUAUCCCUCAUUGGAAAUGAAGACGCCAAGCUUACCGGCUCAGGACACAGGGUCAAACCAUGAGUUUUCCAACAACAGGAACAGCACGGCGUCCAAAUCCUCGACAGACCUGACGAAUGAAGGGGAGAUCACCGUGUCCGAUCUGGAUUACAGCGCAAUGCAGGAAACGGAGGACAGACGGGUGCAGCCGCGAUUCCAGUUCAGCCUCCAGGAUUUCCGGUGCUGUGCGGUAUUGGGCAGAGGGCAUUUCGGAAAGGUGCUGCUGGCAGAAUACAAGAACACUAAUGAAAUGUUCGCCAUCAAAGCCUUAAAGAAAGGAGACAUUGUCGCUCGCGAUGAAGUGGACAGCCUUAUGUGCGAGAAGCGCAUUUUUGAAACUGUGAAUAGCGUGCGGCACCCGUUCCUGGUGAAUCUAUUUGCCUGUUUCCAAACGAAGGAUCAUGUCUGCUUCGUGAUGGAGUACGCGGCCGGGGGAGAUCUGAUGAUGCACAUCCACACAGACGUCUUCUCCGAACCCAGAGCUGUGUUUUAUGCAGCGUGUGUGGUUCUCGGCCUCCAGUAUUUACACGAGCACAAGAUUGUAUAUCGGGAUCUGAAGUUGGAUAACUUGCUGCUGGAUACAGAAGGAUUUGUGAAGAUCGCGGACUUCGGGCUCUGUAAAGAAGGAAUGGGAUUUGGGGACCGGACGAGCACUUUCUGUGGAACGCCGGAGUUCUUGGCACCAGAAGUCCUUACAGAAACCUCCUACACCCGAGCGGUGGACUGGUGGGGGCUCGGCGUCCUCAUCUAUGAGAUGCUUGUAGGGGAGUCCCCCUUCCCUGGAGACGAUGAAGAGGAGGUGUUUGACAGUAUAGUGAACGAUGAAGUCCGAUACCCGCGCUUCCUGUCUACAGAAGCCAUUUCUAUUAUGAGAAGACUUUUAAGAAGAAAUCCUGAGCGACGACUGGGAGCAAGCGAGAAGGACGCAGAAGAUGUGAAGAAGCACGCGUUCUUUAGGCAUAUAGACUGGCAGGCGUUGUUGGCGAAGAAGGUGAAGCCGCCCUUCGUACCCACAAUCAAAGGACGGGAAGACGUCAGCAAUUUCGACGAUGAAUUUACCUCAGAAGCCCCCAUUCUAACCCCUCCCCGGGAGCCCCGGUUACUGACAGGGGAGGAGCAGGAAGCCUUCAAAGAUUUUGACUAUGUUGCGGAUUGGUGCUGAGAGAGGGAGGAGGGGGGGGAGGACACUGUGAAACUGGAGAGAACUGGCUGACAAGAUGACCGCCGACAAAGCGACAGUCUUCACCGCUCUGUGCCAUCUUCUUCAGUUCCCAAUUUUAUUUUUAUUUUAACUUUUAAAACACAUGAAGAUUCCUUUUAAAGUACUUUAAAAAAAUAUAUAUAUAUAUGAACUCUGUCAAAGAGCGGCCACGUACAACCUAAGCCCCCUAUUAUUUUUAUAACUGAGCACUGGAACGCAACUUUUACACCCCCCAAAUCCCCUCUGGUCCAUUUUGCGCCGAUUCAGGGGGCCGUCUGUCCGCCGUGGUGACUCGCCGCCCGCCGAUUUUACUCAGCGCUACAUGAAUGAUGCUUUAAUGAACCUCGCCACUAAAGAAUCUGCUGAGCUCAUGACCAGAACCGUGGUGGCUCCAACGCUACGGAAUCACAAAUCUAUUAUUUUUAUUUUACAGAAAUAGAACACUUACGUUUUUUUUUUUUUUUUAUUUCUUUCCAAUGUCAAUACGAUCAGGAAUGUGUGUAACUGUAGACACUAAAGAGCUCCGUGAUGGAGCUCAUCCAAUCAUGUAAGGCAAAUGGUAGAAAAAAGUACUUGUCCUUAAAACUGAACUGACCAAUAAGUCCGGACUAAGAUGGCCGACGUGUUAGCUUGACAUAAGGGCCGUUUCCUAUUUAUAUCCAGUGCAUCCUCUAAGAUGGUGUUUCCACCCCAGAGUGCCUCCAGCUUUUGCAAAACUUCAACUCCCAGCAUGUCCGCAUACUGGGAGUUGUAGUUUUGCAACAGCUGGAGGCACCACGGUUGGAAAACACUGCUCUAAAAACAGUGCAAUACGAGAAUGUGUCUGCUAUUAAGGUCUUGAUUUUCUAAGAUCUGCUUUAGCAACCUGUCCGCCUUCUAUAACACUAUCAUAAUCAUUACAGGUGCCUUCAUAAGUCACUAUGAGUAAACGCUACAGCGGGCGCUAUCUGUCACGUUGUAUGGGGCAGUGUGUUGCCACGGCCUCGUAAUGUUCUCUAAAUCUGUAUCAGGUCUGUUUGGUUUUUCUUUUGUUUUGUUUUUUUAUUAAUUGACCCCCCCCCCCCCCCCCCUCUACACCAAUCACUACUUAAUCAGAUAUAGCUCAGGUCUGGCCAGUCUAGUUAAUCCCUCUUGCAUCCCUUUUUACUGCAGUUACUGUCACGUCUUUAGUAUUGCCUUAACUAACCACCUUCAAGACGCUGAGCUUCCAGCCGAAAAUCGCGCAAAGCGAACCAAAGUCGCUUGCCAAAUACUUUUUGCCUUGCAUCAUUCCCGAUUUACAGAUGCCGCGUAGCUCACUGGUAGCAUUCUGGCCUCCUGUGCCAUUGAUUUCAUUAGCUGACAAGAGGCGGUGGGGGCGUGAUGAGCUGCCGAGGGGGAAGGCUUAGCCAUCUGUCUCUCGCUAGGACCAGAGUGUAUAGUGGCCAUUGCAUCAAAGGCUGUGCACAUCUUUUGUAUAGAUAUAUAUACAGAUAUAUUUUUUGUUGCAUUGCAUUUACGAUGUAAUAAAUUGAUUACUAAAAAUAUUGCACAUUGUUUCAUCUGCAGCUUGUGUGUAUUGUAAUACACAGCAAGCUGCUCAAUACAUUUCACAGAUGGUCUCUCUGACGGCCCGUCUCCUCUCCUGAAACCUCGUUCAAGUAUAAUUUGAUCCACAUUUAGCCUAAAUAAGGUCUCAGGAGGUGGUGAUAAUCUGUCAAAGAGCCCAUCUGAUGGAAUGGAUGCUGAACAGCAUUGAGCAGCUUGCUAUUUACUGUAAGGCAUGCAAGCUGCAGAUAUAAAAUGCUGCAAGAUUUUUAAGAACAUCCAAUUAAGUGUGAAAUUCUUGCAGUGUUUACUUUCCAACUUGCAGGCAUUGUAAUACAUAGCAAGCUACUUGAUACGGUUCACAAACCGUUCUGGCAGGUUGGCUCUCUGAUGGUUUGUCUCCUUUCCUGGCUUAAAAUUGGGCCGAUUAAAUGCUCAAGAGGAGGUGAUGGUCAAUCAGAGAGCCCAUGUGAUGGAAAAGACACUAAACAGCAUUAAGCAGCUUACUAUGCAUUGUAAGACAUGCAAGCUGCAGAUACAAAAUGAUGCAAAAUUUAUAAUAACGGCCAAUUACAAAAAGUGUAUUGCAAUAAGUGACAGACACUUGGCUGUUCUUGUACUCUCAACAGCAUUGAGCAGCUUGCUAUUUUAUGUAAAACGUGCAAUCUGCAACUACAGUGUCACCAGAUGGGCUCUCUGACUGAACAGUAUUGAGCAGCUUUCUAUGGUAUGUAAGACACGCAAGCUGCAGAUAUUAAAAAUCUUGUAGCAUUUUGUAUAACAGACAAUUUACAAAUGUGUUGAUCACCUGAUAAAUAGAAUAAAAACUUAUUUUGUUAUUGGCUGUUAUUAACAAUAUUGUAGUGCUUUGUAUCUGCAGCCUGCACUUCAAAUAAUGCAUAGCAAGCUGCUCAGUGAUGUACUGGUAAAAAUGACCUUAAUCAUCGCCUUCUCAUAGGCACUUACUUAAGCUGAUUCCUAAUCGAUCACAUCUGAAUGAGCUUUCAGGAGAGGAAUCAUCGGCGAGGCCGCCAGCUGGAAUGGUUCGGGAACAGUAUUGAGCAGCUUGCUAUGUAUUACAACAGAGACUAAACAGUGCAACAUUUUUUACUUUACAAAAAUGCUUGUGAUUGGAUAUCACGUAAUAAAUGCAGUUCUUUAAAAAAACGAAUGGAUACAAAGAUGUCCAUAACCUUAUAUUAUUUUGGGUAGGGUCACACACAGCGUAAUUCAUAUGACUCGUGCACCGACGGCAGUCAGUGAGCAAUGGCAGAGCGAGCUCCCUGCGGCGGCUCAGUGCUACCCGACCGCAGCGGGGAGCUCGCUCUGGUGUGAAAUACGCUGUGUGAGAUCCUACUUUUUUAAGAAGUGUUCUGCUUAUGGCAAAAUUAUCCUAUUAUUUAGCUUGUAUUCCCCCAUAUAUGUAGCAAUGAGGGCUCAACAUCUUUAACGCUAAUCUGUAGUUCAGCCUCCACUGCUUUAUGUGGGGCGGGAGGGCGACAAAAGGAAAUUCGUCACCAAUUUUUUUUUUUUUUUUUUUUACAAAUACUAUAUCCACGAGGAUGAAAGGGUGUACGAUAUAUACAGGUGAGAGGGUUCCUUAAAGGGGUACACCCCUGGAAAACAUUUUUUUUUUAAUCAACUGGUGCCAGAAAGUUAAACAGAUUUUUUAAUUGAAAUAAUUUACAAAUCUGAAUUCUUCCAGUACUUAUCAGCUGUUGUACUCUCCACAGGAAGUUCUUUUCUUUUUGACUUUCCUUUCUGUCUGACCACACUGCUCUCUUCUGACACCUCUGUCCAUUUUAGGAACUGUCCAGAGCAGGAGGGGUUUGCUAUGGGGAUUUGUUCCUGCUCCGGACAGUUCCUGACACGGACAGAGGUGUCAGCAGAGAGCAGUGUGGUCAGACA